AUCGAAGGUGCUUAGAUAUUGAUCCUGUAUUUCGAGGUAGUUCAAAUUCGCCUCUCUUGGACCUUCGGGCUUGACCUUAUUUUUCCCGAGCUUGGUGGAGAAUAAUUCACGCGUAAAAUGCCGAAGAGAAAGUCUCCAGAGGGUCCUGAGGGCAAGGAGGCCUCCAAAGUCACAAAGCAAGAGCCCACCAGAAGGUCAGAGAGACUGUCAGCGAAACCUGCUCCUCCCAAGCCUGAGGUCAAGCCCAAGAAGGCCAUCGUGAAGAAGGUGGCGGACGAUAAGGCGAUGAAGGCAAAGAAAGGAGGCGGUAAGGGGAAGAAGGAUGACGGCCCCGCCCAGAACGGAGAGACCAAGACCAAUGAGGUAACUGAGGCAGCGGAGGAGGCGGCCGAGGAGAAGGCGUAAAAACACGGGCGCGUCCGCUGACUCGCCCCCUCUGACUCCAUGGCAGCGAAGCAUCUUUUUUUACUGACGAUUUUUGUACCAUGCUGAAUUUUUUUUAGACUUGUGAUAGUAGAGACGGACAACCAGCAGCCCCAUCCUCAUCACACUCCUUUCAGCAUCUCCACCCACAGUAUGAUUUUGCUCAAUUCUCCUCCCUCCUCCAUUCUGUGUCACUAUACGCCUCUCAGAAGCAGCAAGACAGAAUGAAGAGUUUUUUUAUCAGACAGCUGCAGAUGUUCUUCAUGUUGCCUGAGGGGGGCCGUAAACACGACUGUUAUGAUCUCCAAACCAGCUCUGCCUAUAUUUGUAGUCUCUCAAAAAAGAUGAUGAUUAUUAUUGGCAUUCUGACUUUUCACCCCCUGAUGGCCAAGGUGAGGAUUUGUGGAUGUGUAUCAGCAGUUUGGAUGAAAGCAGGUUUGUAGUCGCCUUGGAGAACAUCUGCAGCUUUUAAAAAAAAAAAAUCUUAGUUUUUAGAAUCACUACCACUGUGUUUCACAUAGCUCCUUUUGUAUAUGUGUGCUGGAGCGAAUGUGUUUGUGGGUCUCUGUAUUUGACUUUGUUCACUUUGCCCCCCCCCCCCUUCUUUUUCUUCUCCCCCCUCCCUCUGAACGCCUUGUCCUGCAGCAGAGUGACAUAGCAAUAAUGAGUGGUGCUUCUGUUCUAGACGGCUCUAUUGGCUUUGGACCCUCUGGGCUUCUUUGAGUUUCAUCCUGUUGGGAGAAUAUUUUGAAAUAAAAGAAAAAGUUG